AUGGCCGCUGUAAAUCCCGUCAGGGCUCCGCAGCAUGUCCUGACCCUCCUCUCUGAGCUUCAUAAGAAAUCCCUGGAGCAAGAAGCCGUUCUAUCACAGAAAAAGCGAGUCUUUUCCAGCGAUUUUCUCGGGGACCUGGAAGACCAGCAUUCCAAGGCCACUGCGAGAGAGGAAUUCGAUAAGUUAAUGCUGGAUAAGUUUAUUGCUCUCGACGAAGACAAGUGCCAAUUUGCGUACCAGCUGAUUCAUGCAAUGGGUGCUACAAACGUUAUCGAGGCCGGGACGAGCUUUGGAGUCAGUACGAUAUACCUGGCUCUUGCCGUCGCCAGCACGAAGGUCACCAUGGGCAAGCCUGGCACGGUGAUAGCGACAGAGAAGGAGGAUGAAAAAGCACAGCUAGCGAAGACGUACUGGGCACAAUGUGGCCCAGAGGUAGAGGGAGUGAUUGAUCUGAGGGUUGGUGAUCUCCUCGAGACUUUGCAGUCAGAUCUCCCACAGGUUGUUGACCUGCUUCUCCUCGACAUCUGGGCACCGCUCGCUCUUCCAACGUUGAAAAUCGUCCAGCCUCACCUGCGUCGAGGCGCAGUCAUCCUUACGGAUAAUACUAUCUCUGGCGCUGCGGGAUAUGCAGCGCUGCUCACGUAUCUGCGCGACCCGCACAGUGGGUUCCAGAACAUGACUCUGCCGUUCACUAAUGGAUUUGAAAUGAGCGUUUACCUGCCGUAG